AUGAACUCAAUAACCUGCAACACGACCACCCCUAGCUGUGUCUUCGCCAAUCUGGACUGUAAGAUGAGUUUCGCCUUUACUGUGACAGCCUACAGCAAGCAAUGUGAAAGUGAGCCCAGCAAGCCUGUGGAAAUCACAACAGAGCCUUGCCAACCCCAGAGUGUGACUGUCAAACAUGCGUGCAACAAUGACACCAUCACGGUGCAGUGGCAGAACGUAAGGAGAGCAGACUAUUACAUGGUGACUGUGAACGGGGACCUGGGAUACGUGGUGGAAUCCGAGACGCCGCACAUGAUCCUCGAGACCAUGAUUCUAUGCGGGCAGAGCUACACCAUCAGCGUGAGGGGUUGGGACAACAACACCUGUGACGGGCCAAGCAGCGACCCUACAGUGCAGGUCUACACGCAGUGUGAGAACAAUAUGGAUGCUGUGGUCUGGGGAGAAAGUGAGGGAGCUGAGUCCUACACGGCCAUGGCUGUGGGGCGGCACGGCCACAUUCACACGUGCAACACCACAGAGACCAACUGCACGUGGGACAACCUGCACUGCAGCGAUUCCUACACCAUCAACAUCGUCGCUGUCGACUCACAGUGCCACAGCCUACCUAGCAACAACUCCACCAUCUACACAGCACCCUGUCCACCCCAUGGUCUAAAGGCCACGCUGAACUGCUCGAACAAGGUGGUAUCUCUGUCUUGGGAUGCGAGUGAAAUGACCACAUUUUACACUGCGGCCAUGUAUAAUGGGUCCCAAAAGAUAGUGGAGCUCAGCACCAAUGAGACUCUGGCAUACUUCUCAGAGAUAUCCUGCAGCCAGCAGUACAGCUUCACCGUCACAGCCUGGCGCAACGAGCAGUGCAGAAGCACCCCCAGCUCACUGACAUACUUGACCACAGAACCCUGCAGCCCCAGUCAUGUCGUCCCAGUGAUUGAUUGCAUCUCCAGUAGCGCCAGUGUGACGUGGGCGCCCGUCAAUAAAGCGAUGUAUUACGUCGCCACAUUCCAGAGCGAGGAUGGUCAGUCACAAAACUGCUCAUCCCCCCGUACGGCGUGCAGCCUGCCUACGCUGCCUUGCGGCAGGACAUACUCUGUGUUUGUCACAGCCGUCAAUGACCAGUGCAACUCCAUCCCCAGUAUGCCCAAAAUCUUACACACAGUACCCUGUGUCCCGGAGAGUGUCAGCACCAUGGUGGACUGCAUGGACAACACAGCCUUGGUCUCCUGGAAUCGCAGUGAGGGGGCACUGUCCUACAGAGCCAUUGCAAAGGACAGCACAGGAAUCAUGGUCUCUUGUGAAAUGCCCUGCAUCCCGGAGAUCAACAGCUUGUACCUGGACUGCUUCACCAACUCCCUGCUGCUGCAGUGGGAUUAUGUGCAUGGAGCCACAUCCUACACGGCGCUAGCUGAGUCCCACAACCAUGUUGGCACCUCCUGCAAGAGCAACGACACAAACUGCGAAAUAGAGGGCCUGCUCUGCGGCCAGAUGUACACUGUGAGGCUGCUGGCUUCAGACGAACAGUGCAAUAGCACCCCGAGCACCGGCCAGAAGAUUGCGUCAGUACCCUGCAUCCCGCAGAACGUGAAAGCGCAGAUGAACUGCUCCGGAAACAUGGCCUACGUUGAGUGGGACGACAGCAGCGGGGCUGAGUCCUAUGUGGUAAAUGCCUUUGGCAUAGGGGGCUAUAACAGCUCCUGCAGCUCCACUAACCCUGCCUGCCAGGUGCCCGACCUCCUGUGCGGCGACACCUACAACAUCAGCGUGGUGGCCGUCAGCCAAGACUGUAACAUUUCCGAGAGCAGCGCAGUGGAGUUAGAGAGCGGUAAAUUAUGA